GUGGAAGAGAGGCCUAUUCCUGCACAUGAGCUAUCCCAGGAUUUACUGUCUAUGUCUUGGAGCAUAAGUGACCACGUCUGCUACAACUGCUUUUCAUUGUUUGGAGUCCCGAGAGCCCUCUUUUCUUUUUUGGACUAAAAACACAUUUGAUUAUGGCCGAGGAGGUAUUGAUUCCAUUGCCCCGGAAAAUCACAUCGCACCUCACUGGCUCUUUGUUAGCAGUGGCAUUUCUUACAUCCUUUGGAAGCUCCAUGCUUUAUGGAUACAAUCUUGCCGUAGUCAACUCUCCUGCCAUUUAUAUUAAGGACUUCUACAAUAAGACUGUUCUUAGUCGUAAUGGAACCGGACUCAGUGGGGAGACAUUAACUGUCAUGUACUCUCUCACGGUGUCUGUCUUUGCUGUUGGAGGACUAAUCGGUUCGCUGGUUGUUGGCAUGCUGGUCACUCACUUUGGCAGGAAAGGUACAGUGGUAAACUCUGCGGUGCUGGUGUUUGUUGCUGGAGCUUUGAUGGGGUUCAGUAGGAUAUGUGGUUCACCCGAGAUGGUCAUCAUUGGUCGCUUUAUAACUGGAAUCCACUCUGGUAUCUCUCUCAGUGUUGUACCGAUGUACCUUGGGGAAAUAGCACCAAAGAACUUGAGGGGAUUCUUGGGUCUCGUUCCUAGUAUUUUUAUUGGUACUGGAGUCUUUUCUGCCCAAAUCCUUGGUCUCCAUGAACUUCUAGGAAAGGAGGAGUACUGGCCACUUUUUUUGUCUGUGGUUGUUGUACCCACUUUCAUCCAGUUGAUUCUAUUGCCGUGGUUUCCGGAGAGCCCCAGGUACCUGCUGAUUGAGAAGAACAAUGUCCACGCCACAAUCACAGCUCUAAAAUGGUACAGAGCCAGAUGUAACAUUCAGGCGGAGAUUGAAGAGAUGCAGGAGGAGCAGCGCUCCUUGUCGUCAGUGGAAACUCUGUCUGUCUUCAAACUGUUAAUGGAUGAGUCUGUGCGCUGGCAGGUGCUGACGGUUGUGGUCAUCAACAUUGGCAUGCAGCUUUCUGGGAUUGAUGCUAUUUGGUUUUACACCAAUGACAUCUUUGAGAAUGCUGGCAUCCCCCCCCCUGAGAUACAAUACACCACUGCUGGAACAGGAAUCAUUGAAAUUAUUGCUGGACUCAUCGGGUGUUUCACCAUCGAGAAGCUGGGCAGGAGGUCUCUCAUGAUUGGAGGGUUUACCAUGAUGGGCAUCUGCAGCGCUGGAAUCACAUUAGCUCUUCUUCUAGAGGCUCGUUUAUCCUUCAUGCGGUAUGUUAGUGUCUGCUGUGUAGUUGGCAUCAUUGCUGGUUUCUGCAUUGGUCCAGCUGGAGUUCCCUUCCUUGUCACUGCAGAACUUUUUAAACAGUCUCAUCGCCCAGCAGCAUACAUCAUUGGAGGGUCCCUGAACUGGCUGUCCAACUUUACUGUGGGCUUUGUCUUCCCCUUUUUACAGAUGUCUGCUGGGUCCUACUGCUACUUGGUCUUUGCCACUGUUUGUGCGUCUGUGGCCGUCUAUGUCUAUUUUGUGAUCCCAGAGACCAAAAACAAGACGUUCAUGGAGAUCAGCCAGAUGUUUUCUAAAAAGGAGACUGCUCUGGAGACCCAGUGUCUAACUCACAGUGACCAUCUCAAGCUGAAGAAGAUGAAUGGCUAUGGUGUAAUGGAGCAUACUUCUCUGGAGUUUGACAGCUCUUCCUCUGUACUCUAGCAGAGAUUUUAGUGUUUCAAGGCUUUUAAUACCUAAAUAUAUACUCCAGUACAGCAUCUUAGCAGACUUUAGCUGGAUGAAACAAGACUUCCAACUUCAGCUAAACUUAAGUCAAAAAGGUUUGCUUUGACAAUUAUAUUAUUUUUAAAGAAAAGUCAAAUAACAAGUUAAACUAUUAGUGUGAAAAAAGGGCCUCUUGUGACACUUCUGAUCAUACAUCAUGUUUAUUCCACAUUAACUGACAACAUUUCCUCCCAAAAAGAGCAUUGUGUUAUUUGUACAAGCAGCAAAAAGAAAAAAAUAUUGAUAUAUUUGUUUUUUCUUUCUAAAUUACUGA